AACUCUCCGUCAGACAUGCAUGCAGCUUACGGCUACGGUUACAACCCACGGCAGGACUACAGGCACGAACAACGAGAGAGAGAGUGCGCUGCCUACGAACCCUUCCGGUGUCCAGGUGGAAACGUGUGUAUCUCAAUCCAGUACUUGUGUGACGGCGCCCCCGACUGCCCUGAUGGUUACGACGAGAACCUCCGGCUGUGUACUGCAGCCAAGCGACCCCCUGUGGAGGAGACCGCAUCUUUCCUCCAGUCUCUUCUCGCCUCCCACGGCCCCAACUACCUGGAGAAGCUCUUCGGCACAAAGGCACGCAAUGCCCUGAAGCCUCUUGGUGGCGUACAGAAGGUGGCCGUGGCUCUCUCAGAGUCCCAGACCAUCGAUGAGUUCGGCCGCUCUCUGAACCUGAUGAAGAGCGACGUGGAGCACCUGCGUUCUGUGUUCAUGGCUGUGGAGAACGGAGACAUCGGCAUGCUUAAGUCCUUGGGCAUUAAGGACUCUGAGCUCGGGGACGUCAAGUUCUUCCUGGAAAAGCUGGUCAACACUGGAUUCUUGGACUGAGAAGGGACGCUGACGAAAGAGUAAAUGACCAAGAGGAAGAAAGAAAGAAGAGGAAGGAUUUUCAGUUCUUUAAAUAAAAUAAAAGGGAUGAAAAUGUGAAUGUAAAAAAAAAAAAAAAUGUUGAUGACUAAAUGAAAACAAGAAAUAUGAAAGGGGAUGAAAGUGGAGAUGGUAAAUGCAGAUCAGAAGGAGUAGGAUGAAACAAUUUCAGAUCUUGGAUCUAUGGACAUGGGCCUUUGCUGUAUGACUGUUGUCAGUGUGAUCAAAGUUAACAAUAAAUACUCAUGAGGCAGAACUCUGGACCAAUUGGUGUCUGUAAUAUCAUUUUACUUAUGACCGAUAAUAAAGCUGAUAUAAGUAAGAUUGCUAGAACAUAUAUGCAAAAUACUAGUUCUGAUUGUGAGAUACAUACAUAUAUAUAUAUAUAAAAUAACAUAAGUAACUCCACACUGAUUCAAGAUAUCCUGAAGUAUUAUAUAAACAAUGACAUUUAAGAAAGUAGAGUAGUCAUUUAAAAGCAUUAAAACCUGGUCACUUUUAAGUGAGAUACAGAGCGUAAUUCAGUAGAAUUUAAUGUUAUUAUUUAAAUUAUGUAUGAUAGACCAAAAUACAAAUACACUUAAUUAAGGUUAAGUUAAUGUAUAGCACAUUAUGCUUAUCUAAUAAUAUAAUUAUUAAAAAUAUUUUUGUGAAUAUAUUGUAAGCAUUUAUUCUGUUAUUACCCACUGUAUUUUAGUGAACGGAUUUCUCUAAAUAUUUUCUGUGAUAUCUUUUUAUUUGAGAGAAUACACAAAUUUUCUUUUUUGAUGUUUAUACAUCAGUCAUAUCUUUAUGUGCAUCCUCUCUUGUUUUCUAUAUGCUAAUCCUUUUGACUUCUGUGUAACAAUCGGUAAUUUAGACAACCAUUGUGUGGACAGACAAAAAGUAAUAGAAUGCUGAAAAUUUCCCUGUGCACAAAGUCUAAGCCAAAAUUUGUUCUGCAUACAAAAAUAAACUUUUGAAAAUGUUGCUAUUUAAUGUUGUUUUUCUGUUCAAACUUAUACAGUAGAGCUGAAUAUCAUCUGAAAGUUUAUAUUAUUUAGCCAUGUGAUUCUCCAUAACUCAGUAAACUAUUAUGGUUAUUCAAAUUUAACUCAAAAUAGCAAGAAACUUAAUAUGUGUGAUGUGCAGUUCUGGAAGGGAACUGAAUCACUUGUAAAUUAUUCUGAAUUAUACCCAUUUUUUUUUCUGAUUAAAUGAACUUCCUCUUAGAUUAGUAGUUUGUUUUAUUUGAAACUGGGAAGAUGGUGUGUCCUGGCAUUGCCUUGGUAGCAGCCCGAUACUCAACCAAACCAACAACCAGUUACUAACCAUGACUAUAUUCUAGGACUCACCCUCUUUUCAUACCGUGAAUAUACAUUUUUAUAUCCCCUCUUCAGUACGAGCCUUUCAGAUUACUUUGUGUAUAUUUAUUUUUUAUUUUUAUUUUUUUUCACACAAGGCUAUUACAGUUUUCAACAGCAUAAUACAGUAUGUUUGAUUUUCCUUUGAAUUAAAUUCAUAUAUACGAAAAAAAAAUCUGAUUUGAAAAAUAUAUCAGCACAAUUAAUGAAAUUAGUUUACCUGUUAUUCAAAUGAACAUAAUUAAGCUGAGACUUCAAGCAUGUGUACUUGUAAUUGAAUCUUUCUCAAUUUUAGAAAAUGUCUUUCCAAAAAGGACACACACGAUGGUUGUUGUUUAAAUCUAAAAAAAAAAAAAAAAAAAAAAAAAAAAAAAAUGGUCUACCUAUUCCUCACAUGUGAUAUGUUUUGUCAGAUAUUAUAUGCAUGCAUGGUUCUCUGCUUUUGACUAAAUGUACAGAUGCACAAAAUGUAAUGUUCGAUGGCCGUGAUUCUUUAGUGUAGAGGGCAAUAAUAUCACGUGUUUCUUUUCUUUCUUCCUUUAAGAGUUUGCCUCACGCCCAGCUGGUUUUGUUUUUUUAGCGAUAAAGGAAAAUGUGGUAACUUUAUCCCCUUUAUUAGGUGAAGAAACAGACUUAAAUUUUGAUUUCUACAUUUGUUCUCUUUUUCUCUCACUUCUAUCCUGUUAUUUUUUUAGGCUGGAGGACUGUAGUCAGGUGCAAUAAAAAAAAAGUAAAUUUUUUGAAUGUGAACAAAAAGCAAUAGGAAAAAAUAAUGUUUCAGCUUACAUGGAUACAGUGUGAACAUAUGAUCCAAUAGAAAAUCUGUACUAUAUUGUUGCUCUCACCAAUUUCACUUCUUCGAAAAAUCACAAGUGAAACGGUCUCAAUCACUGAUACAAAACGAUGUUCCAUUUCCAGUUGAAUAUCGUCUAAAAAUCUCUUACAAUUUCAUGAAUAACAUUACAAAGAUAUGCAAGAACAAAUUUGUACACUUUGAAUGAUAAGCAAAAGGUCUGUAACUUUUGCCUCUGUUAGUGGAACUGUUAACCACACUGUUUGGAGUAUUGAGCUGUUAAUUUUGAAUCUAAUAACCAAUGAACUUUCUAUCAUAGAGAUUAGAAGUAUGAUGAACCACUGCAUAGUUUAUCAUACUAAAUGAUUACAUACAGAAUAUCAAAAUUAUGAAAAACAACUGGUGAAUAAUUUCAGUAUAAUAAUUUUAUCAUGACCUGACCUUCUUUGUAAAGCACAGUGUUUCCUUUCAGCUAAAAUAAAAUUAUAAUAUUUC